UAAGCUCUCAAUCGAUCGAACCUUCUUCAGAACUCUUCUUCUCCUUUUCGUUUUAGACCUUUCUACCUUCCCGCCAACGACGAGUGUAGAAUCUUCUCCCCCCAAAGACCUCUCUGAUGAAUAUUCCGACGCGAAGAUCACCGGGUAAAAUAUCGGAAGCUCCUCGCUCCGUCGGAGGACGUAUACAGAGGAAACCGCUUGCCGAUUGUACCAACAUCGUCUCCAGAUCUUCUCGACAACAGCCAUCUUCUUCACUCAAAUUCGCGAAUCCUAGUCUCACUUCUUCUCUCAAGAGGUUAGUAGAUCAAACUACGCUCAAGGAGAAACCCAAAGAUGUUGUUAUUAAUUCAGAGACUGCUUCCGAGAAAGCUUCUCCGUCUCCCGCUCCUGCCACGAACGUUAGACCCGUCACUCGCCGUAUGUCUGCAGAUCUGGGUGGUUCUCCGGCCUCUGCUCCUUCUCGUCCCCAAUCAUCUCGCUCUGACUUGGGCGUUAGUGACACGGAGUUUGCUGAGCCAUGGUCUGUUUACACGGUGAGAAGGAAGAGGAAUAAAGACGCAUCUACUUCUCCCUCUAGUGCAGCGGCUCGCAUGCGUCUGGACUUGACAUCAAGCGCUGGGAAGAAAACAUGUCAAGCAGAUGUAAACAAAACGAAGCCCUUGAAAAUGGCUCCCAAAAAGAGGCAGCGGACAGUAAAGCAAGAGAACGAGAAUUUGGUUCAUGCAGCUACUCGGGAAUAUAUCGAGCAGCAGAAAGCAUACUUUGCAGAGAUAGAUGCAUUUGAGCUACCAGUAGAAGAUGCAUCUAGUAGCGACUCAGACUAAGUAAGAAGAGAUAACAAUCUUAGGGAUAUCAUAGAGAAACCAUAACCGGCUCGUAUUCACUGUAUAGCUACGGAGUCUUCUCACAGGGAAUGUUACACUGGUCACUUAGUAGACAUGACAAGCCAACCUUUGUGUAUACAACAGAUCUAUCGGUUUAUAAUAUUUGACAUCGUUUCAGUGGGAGAACGUUCUUGGUUCAAGAUAUACAUGAAUUGACAAAAAGCCUGUCCACAAUACAAGCUAUAUAUACACGUAA